AUGAAGCUUAGUAGCCUGAUCAUCGCUGCUGCGGCAGGCUCCGCGGUGGCUGCUCCCUCCGCGAAAGAGCAUAAGAAGAGGGCGUCGGCCCUUGAAUGGAUCGGAUCCAAUGAAUCUGGUGGCGAAUUCGGCGAAGACACGAUUCCCGGCGAAUAUGGAACGGAAUUCAUCUUCCCUGAUGUCGACGCCAUCUCUACCCUGAUUGACAAGGGAAUGAACAUCUUUCGUCUUCAGUUCAUGAUGGAGCGGUUGACUCCGGAUGGUAUGACGGGGUCGUAUAACGAGGCAUAUUUGAAGAAUUUCACUACGGUGGUCAACGCCGUCACCGAUGCCGGAGUUCACGCUAUCCUAGACCCUCACAACUAUGGCCGAUACAAUGGCGAAAUCAUCUCCAAGACCUCGGACUUCCAGACUUUCUGGGAGAACUUUGCUGGCGAGUUCAAGAACAACGAACUGGUGAUCUUCGAUACCAAUCCUAACGCCUACCCCCCAGACAACGAAUACCACGACAUGGACCAAGAACUGGUCCUGAACCUCAACCAAGCCGCCAUCGACGGUAUCCGCGCCGCAGGAGCGACAUCGCAAUACAUCUUCGUCGAAGGCAACUCGUAUUCCGGCGCCUGGACCUGGCGCGACGUCAACGACAACCUGAAGGCGCUGACCGACCCGAACGACAAGAUCGUCUACCAGAUGCACCAGUACCUCGACUCGGACGGCUCCGGCACCUCCGAGGCCUGCGUGUCCAGCACCAUCGGCAGCGAGCGUGUCAGCGACGCCACAGACUGGCUGACGGAGAACAAGAAGGUCGGCAUCAUUGGUGAGUUCGCCGGUGGCGUGAAUGACCAGUGUCGUGAUGCGGUGGAGGGCCUGCUCAAGCAUCUGGCGGAUAACUCGGACGUGUGGAAGGGUGCCGUUUGGUGGGCGGCCGGCCCCUGGUGGGGUGAUUACAUGUAUAACAUGGAGCCGCCGAACGGAGCGGCGUAUACGGGGAUGUUGGAUUUGUUGGAGCCUUAUUUGAAGUAG